CGCGGGGCGUGGCUUCAUCUGCCUCCGAGGGUAGUAGAGUGAGUCGACAGAGAGGGGCAGUCACUGUCAAGAACAUACCCAACCAGAAGCAUGUCGGUGGUCUGUCUCAGUCGAAAUGUGUGGGCUGUUAGGAAUUCUGGUGUGAUGGUGAUGGUGCGAUCUGCUCAGACAGCAGCUGCUCCAGCUCCUGAACCCAGGAUCAAAAAGUUCCAGAUUUACCGCUGGGACCCUGACACUGCCGGAGACAAACCACGAAUGCAGACAUAUGAUAUUGAUCUCAACAGCUGUGGUCCAAUGGUUCUGGAUGCCCUCAUUAAGAUCAAGAAUGAAAUUGACCCCACGCUCACGUUCAGACGUUCCUGCCGUGAGGGUAUCUGCGGCUCAUGUGCCAUGAACAUAAAUGGAGGCAACACGCUGGCGUGCCUGAACAAAAUUGACACAAACUUAAGCAAACCCACCAAAAUCUACCCACUCCCACACAUGUAUGUGGUCAAAGAUCUGGUGCCUGAUAUGAGCAACUUCUAUGCACAGUACAAAUCCAUCGAGCCCUACUUGAAAAAGAAGGAUGAAGCACAAGAAGGGAAGGAGCAGUACUUCCAGUCAGUGGAGGACAGGCAGAAACUGGAUGGCCUAUAUGAGUGCAUCCUCUGUGCAUGCUGCAGCACCAGCUGUCCCAGCUACUGGUGGAACGGAGACAAAUACCUUGGACCUGCUGUCCUGAUGCAGGCAUACCGGUGGAUGAUUGACUCCCGUGAUGAAUUCACUGAGGAGCGUCUGUCUAAACUUCAGGACCCCUUCUCACUGUACCGCUGUCACACUAUUAUGAACUGCACCAAGACUUGCCCCAAGGGACUUAACCCAGGAAAGGCCAUUGCAGAGAUCAAGAAAAUGAUGGCGACUUACAAAGAGAAGAAAGCAGCAGCUUCAUGAAUAUCUGAAAACUAAACUGCCUCAAUAAUGCUUCAUACUGACUGAGGAGGAACAGAUGAGCCAACCAACCACAAACUUUUACUUACAUCAGCACUUUUUAAGGUUUUAUUGAGUGGAGGGUGAUUGUAUGAGGGAACAGAAACUAGAAUUUGUGAGAAAAUCGUGUGAGACAGAACUGUUCACUUAAGUGUGCUGAUUGUUGCAACAUGUUGGACCACAGCCUUGCUAUUUGUCUGAAAAUAGAAAAGGCUUACAUUAAAUUAUGCUCAGACUGUAUAUAUUUAAAUAUGUGUUCAUUAAAGAUGUGUAGAGCUCA